AUGAACGAAGCAAAACGGAUCAUUGUCGAAUUUGGCGCACGGCGUCAACGAUUUACAUUAACUGAUCCUAUAAUAUCAACUUCAAAACUUCGACAUUUAAUUAGUAAUCAUUUUGGUAUUAAACUCGAUAAUAAUUCUAUUUAUACAUUACAAAUGCAUAAUAAAACAUUAAAUGAAUAUUAUUCACUUAAUGAUGAUGCACAAACAUUUAAUCUGAUUAAAGACAUUGAUCAAUUACAUCGAUUUCGAAUUAUAAAUAAAUCUCUUCAAUUACAGAAACAUCACCUCUUCAAUAAUCUCCAAUCAACAGUUGGAAAACUUCAUAGUGCAACAAGAGAUAUUGAUAAACUUCAAAAUCUGAUUGGUACACUCAAUCAAAAUUGUGAUACUCUCAAUCAAUCAACGAUUGAGAAUGACAUUGAUGUUACAGACGAAUCUGUCGGUAAUGAUUGGGAUGAAGAAAAUUUUGAAAGUGUUUCAUGUUAUGAUAAUGGCUCAAUUUUUACUAAACCUUCACCACCUUCUAUUCCAAUAAUUAUGAAUUCAAAUAAACAACUAUUGCUCAUGACAGGUAAUAAUAUUCAAACACGUAUUAUUCCAUGUAAAUAUGCUGUUCGAGGAACUUGCCAUCUUGGUGAUAAAUGUUCAUAUUUACAUGAUGAAGCAUGUAUUCGAUCGGCUCGUGAAUGGGAAAGACGCUUGUAA